AUGACGACAGUAAGCUCAAAAAAAAAGAGCGACAGUAAGCUCAAAUUAGAUGUUUUGCUGUAAAUCAGAUGGUGUUCAGGUCUGUUGGACGCAGUCUUUUCGGCUGUCACUCUUCCGACGGUUGGUCAGACUACCAUUGUGGAGAGCCAUCACGAAGAGUCCCAUACGAUUUUCCAUUCGGUUAGUGAUCCCUUUCCUGCGUGUCUUGAAACAUUGCGAACAGUUCCGUUUCCAUUUUUAUCAUCAUUUUUAGGAAUCUCAUCAUUCUGAGAGUCACCUUGAACAUCUGGAGUAUACCACUUCUGGGGUAAGCUCUUUAUCAACGUCAUUAAAACUGACUUGCACACCCAUUUCCUUAAUUUUUAUCAUGCUACCUUAAUGUUGUUCUCUUAUCACUCGGAACUGAAGACCGUUAGUUGCUCUUUGGUUGUGCAUAAAUCAAAAAAGUAAUAUCCGGUUGAACUAAAACGGAAUGCAAAAGAGGAGUGAAAGUAUUGUUAUAGGUAACCGUCGGGAAUGCUGUUGGGCAGGGAGUUGAAGGACACCGCCGUCAAACUGUUGACAGUGAAGACCAACGUUCGGAGGUGGCUACUUUGAAUUCUUGAGAGGAGAAAGAAAUAUGAAUAACGUUCAGGUGUCCGCACUGUCGAAGGCCACUUCUGUUUCGGUGCAUUCGAGCGUUUCGCAAAAAUCUGCCCAAGUAUGAGUGCUACCAAAUAAGCGAAAUCAUUAUCAAACAUGUUUCCAGCAUUAUGACCUGCCUCCGAUUCCGCAAUAUGACUUGCCACCAAUUACUGUGGGAGAUGUGGUGGUUGGAAAAGCACCUUCUGUCGCUUCUACAAAGUCUGGGUAAUACUGAAAUGAGAAAAAAUACUGUUUUCUUAUAAAUUUCCCAAUUUAAGAUCGCGUCACUCGGCUGUUUCGCACCAUUCUCAUCAUUCGAACCACUCCCACCACUCCCAUCAUUCGGCUCGCACCCAUGACAGUGAAUCGACCAUAACUGAAGGAACUCUUGUGAAUGAGCCAAUUGUGAGUAGCUGGUACAACUUUCAAUGUCAUGUUCUUAUCGUAUUCAGGUGGUUAAAGUAGUUGAGGCUGGAUCCGAGUUUCCAACUCCCUUGGCUGUUGGUCAAUCGUUUGAGCAUGACUCUGUUCUAGAGCAAUUCAAGAACUUGCAUGGGAAGGUAGAAAAAAGCAUCUUUGUAAAAUUACAAACACUGUAUACUUCAGGAACCGUCGGUCGUUUCUAGCAUUGUUCCGGCUUCGGUCCAUCUUCAAAGUGACAGCGAAGACUCGAUCGCUCCGUCCAAGCUGACUCAUUCCAUCAACGUGGUAAUUUGAUCUUCACAUGAAACAAGAAAGAUAUUUGAAUGCCGAUUUCAGGGAGGUGUUGUUGGCAAUCAGACCGGACUUAAUGUGUUGCACAGAAGUCACGAUCUGGAGUACUCAGACUUCCACGCGCCGGAGUACUAUCAGGCACCAUCCGUCCAGGUGUGUUACAAUCUUAUCAUCGCAUGUAACAUUAGUGCUGUUCCGUUUUAGAAUGGAUUUGAUGCAAGAAGCGAGGACUCGUUCGGGUUUGAGAAGGUGGAGUACGUGGAAACUAAUGAAAAUCACCACGAGCCGGAGCAGCAUGCCAAGCAAGUUGUUCAUGAGCACGUUAUUGAACAGCAAACAGCAUACGAGCCGUAUCAUAUCGUCCACGAGCUUCACAACGUCCCGUCGGUCGAUUUCAAUGAGGAUCAGCAUUCCACCCAUGAGCACCACAACCAUGACCACCAGCACCACCAUGAUUCCCAUGUUACCCAUACUUUCACUACCAAUGUGAAACAGUCCCGUUCUAAUUCUGCCUCUACCUACCAAAGUCGUCAUAUUUUUGCCCACACUGUUGGUCCCAAGAUCACCGAGGAGUUGCGUCCGGCUGCUGUGAUGGAAGAGGAUGAGAGUUAUGUGGAGCCGCCGAUCAUGGCAUACGUGGCGCCGAUUCCAGUAAAGCCCCCACGUACUCAUGAAGAGAGCCACAUCUAUAAUUCUUAUGACACGGAGAUUCACCACUCGAAGGUCGUCAAGUCGACUACUGUUGUCCAAGAGGAUGUUCGCUCAGGAAGCGAAGGUACUUACGACCGAGCGGAUAGCCCUCGAUCACUUGAACUUAUAGGAGUCAGCGCCCUUCGCUUGAAGUUCGAACACGGCGCUCCACCACCAUUGGCUCCAGUUCUGGACGUGAAGAAGUAUGAGCUCGAAGAGCAUCAUCACCAUCACCAUCACCAUCAUCACCAUCAUAAAGACGCUGUUAUUGAGCAUGUUCAUACUCAGGUCGGCGAUCACUUCAUCACUUCUUCCUCCGUAGAGAAUCCUUAUGAUGUACCUUUUGAAUCUCGUGAAAAGUCCUCCACUUCCUCCCUCUCAUCCUCUUCCCAGCAAGUCGAUCAUCAUCAUCAUGUCUAUGAUACUCCAGUUAUUGAAAACAUCUCACACUCUCCGGCUUUCUACACUGACGACCAGCACCAUCACUAUGUUCCGCAAAUUAAAGUGAUAACGGAGUAUCGGCAUAUAAACCCGCGUCACCAUUACGUGGAAACACGUCUGAGGACGACCGAUGGACACGAGAUUGCACACAGUCCGCAAGUGCAAUCGAUAGAUUAUUUCAAGGAAAUUGACAGAGUGCAUCACUUCGUUCCGUCCACUCCAACUUCGCCACUGAAGGAAGUGCGCCAAUCUUUCCAUCAACACAACUACGUGCCGAACAGCUUGGAGACCAAGCGAGAGAGCCGCAGUGUUGAAAGAUUACACCGCUAUCUUCCAGAGCAACCUCUGAAAGUUCAUGAACAUCGAUCCCUCAUCAGAGAACACAAUUAUGUGCCUCUCGACAAACGUUCUCAUUCCGUUGAGUCUAAGGAUACGAUUAAUCAUGAGCAUCGGUACGUGCCGUUAUCAACAAAGAUCGAAGUCAAGAAGUUUGACGUAGGAAGAAACCACACCUACAUCCCUCUUGGUGGCAACAUCGAACCUACAAAGCAGGAAGUGCUCCGGGAACACCACUACGUCCCUCUUGUUGAGAAACAAGUGAAAACUGCCGCAGAAAUCAAUCAACGACACAAUUUCCUGCCAGCUCAUUCAAAUGUUGCCACAUCAGAUAAAGUCCUGAUAAACCGUGAUCACAGUUUUCUGCCACUUGCAAACAAAAUCGAGGAGGCGCCGCGUCAUUCUAACGACCUAAGUCAUCAUCACUAUCUGCCACUGCCAACGAAACGCAGCGAGGCGACUGCAAUCGGCGAUAAGGUUGGGCACGAACAUCACUAUUUCCCGUUGGCACUGAAAACUGAACAACCCACGGCGCAAACUGGCAAAGAGCACAACUACGUCCCUCCUGUCGCCAAAUCUGCUGAGCACCGCGCUGUUCGUGUCGAGAGUCACCACCAGUACGUGCCUCUCGCUAUGAAGUACGACGAGGCUCCGAAAUUGCCACGAGAGCACAACUAUAUUCCGCUGACUACUCAGCCUGAUUCUUAUGAGAAGGUUCAAUUGGAGAAUCAUCAAUACCUUCCGCCUGUGACUCAUGCUGAAAAGAAGGAAGUUGUCAAGCUCUACGAACAUCGAUAUGUUCCUCUACCUCCGAAACAAGACAGUCACGUGGUGAGAAAGAUUGAGGGCAAAGAACAUCAUUACGUCCCACUUGUACAGAAUUAUGCUGCUAAACCGCCACAGCUUCCACGCGAGCACCAUUACUUCCCGCUUGCUGUCCGUGCCGAGGAGCAACAUCAAAAAGCUACCCACGACCAACAUCACUACAUUCCGCCAGUCGAGCAUCGUCAUCAAUCUAAUGGGGCUGCCUUGGAUCGGCAACAUGGAUAUGUUCCAAUUGUGAAGAAACACGGAGAAUCAAGAGCAGUAACGCAUCAGCAUCAGUACGUACCGCCAGUUAAGAGAUCUGAAGAAUCGAACGGAUAUGACAGGACCCAUCACUACGUGCCAGUUGGACGGAAUGUGCAUCAAUCGUCAGGAACUCGUCACCAGGAGGAUCAUCACUAUGUGCCGCAAGCCAGCCCAAGGAAGCAUGUUUCGGAGGUGAAUCGCUCUCACAAUUACAUUCCCGCCCUUCCACCUAAAGAGCACCAGUCCCGGCAUGAGCAACAUCAUUCUCAUACUUAUCUGCCCUCUACCCAAAAACCUGUCACCCAUCAGUCACCUCCCAAGCUCACCAACCACUCAUAUGUCCCUCAGAUUCCUCGAAAAUCCAAGGACUCGCAGUUGAUUCACGAGCACGGCUACCUCCCACCUGUGAAGCAAUCGGAGUCCAGGAACGCUGCUGCCGAUCAUACCAAGCAUGGAUUUGUUCCUUCUGUUCCUUAUUCGGAGACCAGAGCCACCGUCGACCACGCCAAGCAUGCUUAUUUGCCAUCCGUCAAGAAAUCCGAGCAUCAGGAUCAUGUCGAUCACUCGAAGCAUGAGUAUCUUCCAUCCGUUCCAGCGCAGAAACAGGAUGGGCAGUCUGCUGAUCACUCGAAGCACGGAUAUGUUCCUCCAGCCAAGAAAUCCAAUAACGAUUUCUGGGGAUUCGAGAGAGAACAUCACUAUGUUCCUGAAACUUUGAAGAAGGACAAGAUCAAGCAAAUCCACCGGGAUCAUCAUUUCGUACCCUCAGUGGAUACGACCAAAACUGCCGAUAAGGUUGAAUUGAGUGAUCAUCACUACGUCCCAUCAAUCAAGAAAACCACUGGUAUCACUUCCGAGAUUGACCAUCGUCACAACUACGUUCAAAAGCUUCCGGAGAAGCAAUCGGUCCAACAUCAUGCCGUCAACCAUCAUUAUGUUCCGUCAGUUCCAAAAUCCGAUCAUAAGAACCAUACGUCUCUGGAGAAACAUAACUACGUUCCAACUUUGCCGAAAACUUCCCGUGCCCAGAAAGCUGAUAUUCGUCACCACAACUAUCUACCAACAAUCGUGAAGCAGGAGGAGCAUCGGGACCACUUCGAUCAGCAUCAUUAUGUGCCUCAGAUCCAGAAGCAAAUCGACGUCAAACUGGCUGAUUAUGAGAAACAUCACUAUGUGCCUACUGUUUCUCAGAAGGACAUUGCUGGCCACGUUGAGCGCGAGCACAAGUAUACGCCUAACGUUAUCAGGAAAGAUGAUGCUAAAGUGCUGGACACAUCAAAACACCACUUUGUUCCUUCCAAUCAAGUGGUGAGAAGCACGCACGACGACGUGGACACUCAUCACGGAUAUCUUCCUCAUGUGCCGAGAAAGGAAGUGUCUGCUCAGGUACCGUUGGACCACCAUUUCGUCCCGAAAGUUACACCAAAAGAGGUCUCUCCGGAUUACGAGCAUCAUCAUCAAUACGUGCCGCAAGUUCCGCAGAAAGAAAUCUCUCCGGAUUACGAUCAUCAUCAUCAAUACGUGCCGCAAGUUCCGCAGAAAGAAAUCUCUCCGGAUUACGAUCAUCAUCAUCAAUACGUGCCGCAAGUUCCGCAAAAAGAAAUCUCUCCUGAUUACGAUCAUCAUCAUCAAUACGUGCCGCAAGUUCCGCAGAAAGAAAUCUCUCCGGAUUACGAUCAUCAUCAUCACUACGUUCCGUCUGUUAAACAGAAGCAACAAACGACUGCGUUCGAUUCCCGUCAUCACUACAUUCCGUCAGUUCAGGAAAAAGCCAAUUCUCCGAGAUACGACAAUGAACAUCAGUACGUCCCUGCGCCCGUCAAGAACACCAGUUCAACUACCGAUCAGAUCCGCGAGCAGAGGAAGAAAAUUCUUAGAAGCAAGGAAGAGAUCUUCGACCAAGAGAACCAAGGUGAGCAGUAUCGAUCCUCUGUUCACACCACUACAAAGACGUUGAAAACCUCGAAUGCUGUUCUUAAAACAAGCCGAAGCCCGUCAUUGGCUCCUGAAGUCAACCACACCACCACCGUCUACACCAAUUCCAGUUUGAAGCAGUACAAGACUAUUCCCGACGAACCACCCAUGUACAUGCUGAAGAACCGCAAAUCUCGUCAUUAUGAAGGAUCUUCUAUCCCCGAGGAACCCCGCUUCCCGGAAGAACCCCGCAUCCCGGUCCCAAAACCUCGUUCCUUCACUUCUCCCCAUCCUGACUAUUAGUUUUUCUCAUGAUUUUCUUUCAAGUUAUCCAUUCUAAUUGUAGUUUUUAUAUGUUUCUAAUUUUACAUCUUUCAUCUUCUUAUGUUUUCCCUUCAUAUUUCCCAUUCCUCACCCAACGCAUGGUAAUCUGAUUAGGUACAACUAUUCAGGAUAUAAUUUUCAAACGGAACUGAUUCCAGAAAUUGAGUGAUCAUGUGCAGCUUGGCGGAUCCAGAAAAUCGACUAUCCAAAGUGAGCACCAUCGUCACCACGAGAAGCAUAACAAUGUUCCUUCGAGACCAUCCAGCGUUGCUAGCACUAUCAAGGUAUUGUCAGAAGUAAAGACUCUCAAUCAUAUUAAAAAAAAUAAACAUCUUCAGCAUCAACCGCGUUCUCGUACCUCGACGGUGAGCACUAUCCGUACAACUCCUGUUCAGCGUAAGGGUGACAGUCCAAUACAAUUUGAAAGUUAGAUGUUCAGGUGUGGAGCCAACUUUCCAGCACGUGGCCUACAACCCGUACGGAGACCACCAGUCUGUUCGUGUUGUCAAGAACGUUCGCGAAUUCGUCCACGUGUUCGGAGCCACUCACGUCGUUCCACCACCAACUCCACUGGCCGGAGUUCCACGUCUUCCACACUCUCCACGCAGCCCAAUCUCGCAAGAGACUUUCUAUCCGGCUGCUGUGAACCACCCGGAGAAGUCGUCUCGCAAGAACACGGUUGUUGAAAUUGGAAAUGGUGUUCAGAUUAACAACGUUAGCUUCAUGUUUCAAAUUCGCUCCAUAAACAUGAACUAUUGCAGGCAUCGCGCAAGUCCAUCGUUUCUACCAUCCAAACUCCAAUCCUUGUUGGAGGAAAUGUUGUGGUUCCGGUGAGGAUAUUUAGUUAUUCAGCGCUCUAGAACUAAUUUCGUUUUGCAGAGAUCCCGUCAGUCUACCAUCACCAAGGACAACGUUCAUGACGUAAGAGCAAUACACUUGUAUCCUAAAAGCAAUUAUAUUUCUUCAGAACUACGACGCUGAAAUUACCGAAUUGAUUUGCGUGGCCGAAAUGCGCAGACGUUUUGAGAACUAUGGACCAUCUCACCUUCCGGAGUACGCCUCUGCUCCAUCUGCUUACAUUCACUAA